AUGGCAGCUGGAAUUCAAUGUGGUUCCUUUCUGUUAUUCGCAGCUUUCGCUUUAUUACUAGUUUCAACAAUCUCCGCACCAGUGUUUAGACAGAUCUCAUUCCUCGAAGUUACGAGUGGAAGUCAGAAAUUAGCUUUUGGUGUAUUUGGAUAUUGUACCAAUGUCAAUGGCGCUGGGGAUCAUGGUUGUUCAGCUCGUCAAUUAGGUUAUGAUAUCGCGUCUGUUUCUGGAGAAGUCAGCGAUUGGACUUAUGUCAAUGAUAAUCUUGAACAUAUCACGAAAGCUCUAGUCUUGCAUCCUGUUGCCACUGGUCUCGCGUUUAUCGCGUUCAUCAUUGCGUUCUUCGCCGACCACAUCGGGUUUAUAUUCGCAGCUUUAAUUGCAUUCUUAGCAUUUUUAGUUUCCUUGGCAGCCAUGAUAAUCGAUUUCGUCAUGUUCGGUAUAAUCAAACAUGAGAUCAAUGAUAACACCUCAGCAACAGCUUCUUUCGAUAAAGCUAUUUGGUUGACUUUGGCAGCAACUGUCAUACUAUUCUUUUCAUCGUUUAUAGUCUGUUUCGAAACAUGCACUCAUAGAAGAAAUAGGAAUAGGACCACUACUACUUCAAGAAGUGGAGAAAACGGUUAUGGUUAUGCGGAUAAUAAUGGAUAUGUAGGAAAUCAAGGUCCAAUGAUGUCCCAAACCCAAACUGGAUAUGUAGCUCCAAAGAGACAUUUUUGGCAAAGAAAUAAGUAUUAG